GAAAGACUUCACAGACUUCAACCCUCUCACCCCCUCUCUCUGCUUCUCUCUCUCUCUCUGUCUCUGCGACACACUUUCUUUUCUACAUCUCUCCCUCUCUCUCUUUCUCUCUGCAUCUCCAACUUUCUUGCUUUUAUGGACAAAGGAUGGGGUCUCACCCUUGACUCAGCUGACUCCCCCGGCAGCUUUCUCCGCAACAAGAUUAACAAGCGCAGCCACGACAUGAUGUUCCAGGGUAUUCAGUUCCCGGUGGCUUUUGGCCGGAGGGAAGAGCAGGCCGCUCCUCCACCCUCAGAUGACAACCGGGUCGCCGUCGGCGAGGUUGACUUCUUCGCCGAUAAGGGCAGGUCAGCUGGCCGCGAUCAGGAUCAUGAUGAUAUUCACGGUUCCAAGACCAUCAGAGUCAGUGUCAAGAAGGAGAAUUCUCAUGGUGAAGAGGCUCCAAGGCCUGGUUUGGAUGUCAACACUGGGUUGCACCUUCUUACUGCUAAUACCGGAAGUGAUCAAUCAACGGUGGAUGAUGGGAUUUCAUCGGACGCUGAAGACAAGCGAGCAAAGAGUGAGCUGGCACAGUUACAAAUGGAGUUCCAACGUAUGAAUUCGGAAAACCAAAGGUUGAGGGACAUGCUUGGUCAGGUAACCAACAAUUACAGUGUCCUGCAGAUGCAUCUUGUGGCGUUCAUGCAACAGCAACAGAAUCAAGGAGCCGCCGAUACCACACAAGACCAUGAGGUUGUUGAAGGUAAAUCUGAAGAGAGAAAACAUGGGAUUAAUGGAGUAGUUGUGCCAAGACAAUUUAUGGAUCUGGGCCCUGGUGGCCCAGUUGAUCAGACAGACGAGGUGUCUCAUUCUUCAUCGGAAGAUAGAACCAUUUCGGGAUCGCCUAGGAACGUCGACAAGCACGAGGUUGUCCGGGAAGGUAAAAGGGUUGGUCGGGAAGAGAGCCCGGAGUCAGAAUCACAAGGUUGGAAUUCUAACAAGAUUCCCAAAUUGAAUCCCUCCAAGCCUGCAGCUGUUGACCAAUCCGCAGAAGCCACGAUGAGGAAAGCCCGUGUCUCCGUUCGUGCCCGGUCAGAAGCUCCCAUGAUCUCUGAUGGUUGCCAAUGGCGAAAAUAUGGACAAAAGAUGGCAAAAGGAAACCCAUGUCCCCGGGCAUAUUAUCGGUGUACUAUGGCCGUUGGUUGUCCAGUCCGCAAACAAGUUCAACGUUGUGCGGAGGACCGAUCAAUUCUGAUAACAACAUAUGAAGGAAACCAUAAUCAUCCGCUUCCACCAGCUGCAAUGGCGAUGGCGUCAACGACAGCUGCAGCGGCUAGCAUGCUGCUGUCGGGGUCCAUGUCAAGCGCCGACGGGAUAAUGAACCCGAACUUGCUCGCCAGAGCGAUUCUUCCUUGCUCAUCAAGCAUGGCGACAAUCUCAGCAUCAGCACCGUUUCCAACCGUGACACUGGACCUUACACACUCCCCGAACCCGUUGCAGUUUCAAAGAACCCCUUCACAAUUCCCGGUCCAGUUCUCCGGCCAACCGCAGAGCUUCGGGUCAAUGCCAACCCCACCACUGCCGGCCCAGGUGUUCAGUCAAGCACUUUAUAACCAGUCCAAAUUCGCUGGCCUUCAGCUUUCUCAAGACAUGGGGCCUUCCCAAUUAGCCCACCAUGCACCCCACCAACCAUCACACCAACCCCAGCAACAGCAGCCCUCAUUGGCCGACACGGUGAGCGCCGCCACAGCCGCCAUCACCGCCGAUCCAAACUUCACCGCCGCUCUGGCCGCCGCCAUCUCAUCCAUCAUCAGCGGAGCUCAUCCAAACAAUAACACCACCAACACCAGCAGCCCCAACAUGACCACGAGCAACACCAACAGGAAUUAGAAAAGUCGGGUCGGAUCAUUUUGUCUGUCAUUAAUUUUUCCUUUUUUUGUGGGAUAAGAUUGUGAUUACAUGCAUGUUCAUAAUUUUUGUCCUUGUUGGGGGGAAGGUUAGAUCGAGCUCAAGAUGUUCAUUAUUUCUUAUUGUUUCACUAUGAAUAAUUCCAUUCAAAUUUCUCAGUAAAUACAAAAAAAAAAAAAAAAAAAGAUAUUUAGCUUAUUA